CUUCGACCAAACGGCCCCAUAACCUUGUUCCCCCACAAACAUGCGGCUGUCAAUCUUCACCCUUGCAGCCGCCUUGGCAAUGACUGUUGCUGCUGCCAAGCAAACUCCGCUCAUGGAGCAGAGUGCGGCAGCUGAAUCCGAUCUUUUCUCGCUUCAUGCCGAUCUUGUAAAGAUCCCUAGCGUUACGGGACAGGAGCACGACGUUGCUGAAUACUUGUACAAAUACCUCGAGAAGAGCAACUUCACGGUUGAAAAACUUCCGAUCGACGACGGACCUCGUGAGAACAUCUACGCCUACCGUGGGGAGAAGCGUGAUACGAAGGUCUUGCUGACUUCUCACAUUGACACUGUACCUCCAUUUCUGCCAUACGAGGACCAUGGUGACUGGGUCAGCGGUCGGGGUUCAAGUGAUGCAAAAGCAUCUGUAGCUGCACAGAUCACAGCUGCUAAGGAGCUCGAGAGUGACGAUGUGUCUCUACUCUUUGUUGUUGGCGAAGAAACGGACGGCAUUGGGAUGAAGCAAGCACACAAGAUGGGAGUCAAGUGGGAAACUGUAAUUUUCGGAGAACCUACUGAGCUGAAGCUUGCUGUCGGACACAAGGGCCUGAUCCUUGCUAAUGUCAAAGCGAGCGGCAAAGCAAGUCACUCCGGAUAUCCUGAGCUCGGGUCCUCCGCAACGGAAAAAUUGGUCACCGCACUAUACAAAUUGCAGAACCUUGAGUUCCCGCGAUCAGAGCUCCUUGGACCUACUACCCUGAACAUUGGAACCAUCCGAGGUGGAGUGGCUGCCAACGUGCUUCCCGCCGAGGCAAUCGCAACUCUUGCUAUUCGCGUCGCUACAGAGUUGGACACUGUCAUGAAGAAGUUGCAGGACGCCGUUGCAGAGGUGGACGAUGUGGAGUUAGAGAUUACCGGAUCUUACGGAGAGCAAACCUGUGAUUACGACGUGGCCGGCUUCGACACCAUCACCGUUUCAUAUGGUACAGACAUCCCGAAUAUGUCACAUAAACUGUACAAGCGUAAGUACUUGUAUGGGCCGGGGAGCAUCUUGGUAGCACAUGGGCCUGAUGAGUACGUUGAGAAGAAGGAUCUGGAGAGGACAGUGAAGGGCUACAAAAAGCUCGUCAAGCACGCUUUGAGUGCCUGAUUGCCAUCAAGUCUUUGAAUGAGGAAAG